AUGGGCAACGCCAUGCCGUCGUGCUUGGUCGACCAGGGCACUAAGGCUCUGCUGCCGGCGACGAAGCCCAACCGGAGGAUGUACUCGCUCAACCUUCUCACGAAGGCCCUACACAGGAUGAAGAAGACGCCGUGCAGCGGCAGGGCGGCGCCCACGUCCAAGACUGUCAUCGGCAAGCCCCCGCCGGAAGCGGAGGUAGGAGGAGCGGGAGCGAAGAGCGUCUGCAAGGCCAGCUACGCCAAGGCGUCCCCGAGACGAGCGGCGGCGGCGGCUCGCGGUGGCGGCCACAGGAAGGGCGUGGUGAGGGUGAAGGUGCUCCUGAGCAAGGAGGAGGCGGCGCGGCUGCUGUCGCUGACCGUCGGCGGCCAGAAGAACGCGGCGCAGAUCGUGGCCGAGAUCAAGAGGAUGGAGGCCCGCCGCGCCGCCGCCAGUGCCGGGUGGCGCCCCGCGCUGGCGAGCAUCCCCGAGGAGUCGUCGUAG